AUUCAUUUGUUUGGGCGGGAAAGGAAAGCAGUGAAGGAACUGUACAAAAUAUGAUAUUCUCUCUCUCUCUCUCUCUGUCUAUGGAGAAAACCAUCAGGUCUGAGUAAAUCCUAAAAAAAGCAUCCAUGGCUCCAAGGAAGAAAUAUGGUUCAUCUUCAUCAUCAAAGAAAUCAAACCAAAACCACCAGCAAUCCCAACCUUCCAAGUUCGGAAUCCAACAUUUCUUCGAUCGCCACACUCAAAAUGUUGCUCUAUCAGCCUCUCAAAAUGCCAAAACUCCCCAACCUCUACAAACAUCCGUUCCCAAAAACCCUUCUCAGAGUACACCUCCCUCGAGUCUCACGGCAAUCCCCGCCGCAACCUUUGUUGAAUUCGGAAAUGAAGAAAAUCCAAUCGAGGUCUCGCCUCCACAUGUCUCCAAGUCAGUUCCAUUCAAACGCUUUAAAUUCUCACCUGGAAUGUUGAUAAAGCAGAGUCAGGAUGAUGGAGGUGAUGAGAUCACGUGGAAGAUCUCUCCGGUGAAUGAGCGGCUUCAAGCUGUCUCCAAGCAUUUGCCUGAGAUGAUGAGAGCUUUGGCUGAUGCUUCAAAGCUGAAUUCUUUGAAUUUUCACAAAUGCUCGCAGAAACAGAGUCCUCCUGGUUCAGUGGGAAAGCUCGAGACUUGGCUUUCUUCACCAGCACCAAAAGCCCCUGAAAGAUCCGUGAUAGUCUCAAAAAAGAUUUUUCCAAGAGCUCUUGAGCCAGAACAGGCAGUGGAGUUCCAGGGUAGCUGUGUAACCUCCAGUGAUCGGAAUAACACUGGUGCAGUUAAACAUCGUCAGAGUCCGUUCAGUCCUUUCCGGACUCCCCCAUCGAUGUCAUAUGGCCCAGAUGAUCCUGUUAAUGGCAGCAUGUCUAAAGAAACAGGCGAUCAGCCAGGUUUACGGCAACACAGAAAGGCAUUGCUUGAACUCUUAGACCAAGUGGAAGAUGUUAUUGCAGUUGAAGAAUCAGUAACUAAUGACCUGGAGGCGAAUUUAUCAAUAAGUCAAGGAGACAAAAAUAAUACGAUUUCUGUGGAAGCUGAUACUGCACCAAAGACACUGGCUAAGUUUCCGCCACAGAGGUUUAAUAGGAGAUCCUCUGAACAUAAUUUGCUUGUGUUGGAGGUUUAUGAGAAGCAUAAAACUGGUGAUUCAUCCAGUGAUCUGUCCCCUUUUAAGGUUAUUCGUCUAUUGAAUGAGCAAUGUGGGGAGGAGCAGACUUUGCAUUUGCAUGAUGAGUGGUUUAACAGCAUCAUUGGACCUGGUGAUACCAUACAUGUGAUUGGAGAAUUUGAUGAACAAGGAAAAUGUGUUGUGGACCAUGACAAUAAUCUUGUCAUUGUUGUUCCAGAUAUAUUGGUAUCUGGCACGCGGGUUGCUGCUAGUUUCAGCUGCCCCAGGAGAACUGUGUUGGAUGAGAGGCUAAAAUGUAGUGAGCAUUCAACUGCUGCGUUGAUUGGAACCUUGCUUCAUCAGAUUUUUCAGGCUGGACUUCUUAAGGAGCUUCCCACGAAAGGUUUUUUAGAGGAAUAUGCCAGAAUAGUGCUCCAGAAAAAUGUUGAGAGCUUGUAUGCAUGUGGAGUAAAGGAGAAGGAUAUGCUUAUAAUACUGAUUGAGGCAAUUCCAAGAAUAAUGAAUUGGCUCAUAUCCUUUAGGCAUUCAGAGAAAACAGGACUUCCUACUGUUGCUUUUGGAUCCAAUGGUGGAGAAAAAAAGGUCACCAUAAGUGAGAUAAUAGAUAUUGAGGAGAUGGCAUGGGCCCCAAGAUAUGGUUUGAAAGGAAUGAUUGAUGCUUCUGUUCGAGUUAAAAUAGAUUCGGAGACCAGUGGGGCCGAGGAGAAAAUAAUGCCUUUGGAGUUUAAAACCGGUAAAGGAACCACUGGCCAGUCUGCUAUGGAACAUUGUGCCCAGGUGAUCCUAUACACUCUCCUAAUGUCGGAAAGAUACUUGGAACAUAUUGAUUCUGGCCUUCUUUAUUAUCUCCAUACAGAUCAGACACAGGGAGUUUUAGUUCGAAGAUCUGACUUGGUAGGGCUAAUCAUGCGCCGUAAUGAACUUACAAAAGAUAUCCUAAAGGCAUCAACAACACAGCAAUUGCCUCCAAUGUUACAGAAUCCAAAUAUGUGCAAGAGUUGUCGCCACCUUAGUGCUUGUACCAUUUAUCAUAAGGCACAUGGUGGCAACACAGAGAGCAGUGGAUUGGGUGAUGUCUUUGACACACAUGUCAAACACUUAAGUGGUACUCAUUUUGGUUUCCUUAAAAAAUGGGAUCGGUUGAUUGACUUAGAAGCCAAAGAGAUGCAGGCUGCAAAUAGAAAGAUCUGGCGUUCACUUGGUCUUAGGAGUGAACACUCCAGUGGCCUAUCUUCUGUUAUUCUUGAUGCUUCAGACAAGCUCUUCCCCACUAAUUGUCCCAAAGAUGGCAGAUAUCUCUACCGGUUUGUACGUCAAGAUUUGCCUAAUUGUGACCAAGAAACAGAUAAUGGGCAGAUUCUAAAUGCUGUCUCUUCUCCAAUAAAAAACCUGGAUUGCACACUAAGAAGUGGGGACCAUGUGAUACUCAGCACAGAAGCUGGCCAUGUCGCAGUUGCCAAUGGAGUUAUAACUGACAUCAGUCGCUUUCAUGUUUCUGUAUCCUUUCCUCGACGCUUACGUCUUCCGGGGAACAAAUCUUCUUUAGAGAUGGGAGAUCUCCUUCAGGAGGUGUGGCGGAUUGACAAGGAUGAAUUUACCACCUCUUUUGCAAUUAUGAGAUUCAACCUUAUACAACUGUUUGUUCAAAGUGCCGAAGCUUCUCGUCUUAGAAAGAUGAUAGUUGAUAUUGAGGCACCCAGGUUUGACAGUGCAGGUAUAUUCAGCCAAGAUCCAGCAAUAUCUUAUGUCCGGUCAGAGAAGAAUCUAAACAAGGACCAGCGCAAAGCCAUCCAAAAGAUACUUACAGCAAAGGAUUAUGCUCUAAUUCUAGGAAUGCCUGGAACUGGCAAGACUUCCACUAUGGUGCAUGCUGUGAAGGCAUUGCUGAUGAGAGGUGCAUCCAUUUUGCUCACAUCAUACACAAACUCGGCUGUUGAUAAUUUACUUAUCAAAUUGAAAGCUCAGGGCAUAGAUUUUGUACGUAUUGGAAGAUAUGAAGCUGUGCAUGAGGAAGUUCGUGGCCACUGUUUUUCAGCGACGGGCACAUGCAGUGUUGAAGAAAUUAAGCUAAGAUUAGACCAGGUCAACAUUGUUGCAGUAACUUGUUUGGGGAUAACUCAUCCCCUGCUUGCCAACAGGAGGUUUGAUGUUUGCAUAAUGGAUGAAGCUGGACAGAUUACACUGCCUGUAUCCUUGGGGCCCUUGAUGUUUGCUUCAGUAUUCGUGCUUGUUGGAGAUCAUUACCAGUUACCUCCACUCGUCCAGAGCACAGAGGCUCGGGAGAAUGGGAUGGGAAUAAGUUUGUUCUGCAGACUCUCAGAAGCACAUCCUCAAGCAAUUUCAGCAUUACAAUGCCAGUAUCGAAUGAAUGCUGGCAUCAUGGAACUCUCAAAUGCCUUAAUAUAUGGGAACAGAUUACGCUGUGGUUCCCCCAAAAUAGCAAAUGCAAAACUCCAGUUUCUAUGUGCAAAGCCCAGUAUACCAUGGCUGAAGGAGGUCUUGGAUCCAAACAAACCGGUUAUAUUUAUUAAUACAGAUAUGUUGCCUGCUUUGGAGGCAAAGGACCAAAAGACCGUAAACAACCCUAAAGAGGCUUACAUUGUUGCAGAGAUCACUGAUGAAUUAGUGAACAAAGGUAUUGCUGAAGAAGACAUUGGCAUUAUUACCCCCUACAACUCACAGGCAAAUCUCAUCCGGCGUGUUGUAUGUGCAACCUCUGUGGAGAUACAUACCAUUGAUAAAUAUCAGGGCAGGGAUAAGGACUGCAUACUUGUAUCUUUCGUAAGAUCUAGUGAUAACCCAAGGGCUUGCAAGUCUUCACUACUUGGAGAUUGGCAGAGGAUAAAUGUUUCCCUGACACGUGCAAAGAAGAAGUUGAUCAUGGUAGGGUCGUGCAAAACUGUUUCGAAUGUUCCUCUUCUGAAACUUUUGAUUGAAAAGGUUGAUGAGCAAUCUGGUAUAUUUUGCAUCUCUCAGAAGGAUUUCCACCAAUCAGGAAAGCUGAAGAGAUGCUCACAGCAGAUGCAUGUAUUAUAGUACCAUGCUCCCAUAAUUUUUUGUUGCUCCUGUAAC